AUGGCGUACAGAGCAAAAGGGGCCAGCAUACGAACGAUCCAGUCAUUGAGGCCAGCCCCGACGUUCCGGUGCCUUCAUACGCCUACGGUUGCUUUUCCUCAGUCCCAAUCUCCCCGCGCGCAACACCGUGGCUAUGCUACGACAACCUCCCCCGAGAAAUGGACACCCCAAACCCUCACCGAGAAGGUCGUUCAACGCUAUGCUGUUGGCCUACCCCCAGGCAAGCUCUUUCGGAGCGGCGACUACAUUAGUAUCGAACCAGCUACCAUUCUCACCCACGAUAACUCGUUCCCAGUCAUGACGAAGUUCAUGUCGAUAGGAGCAACUAAAGUCCACCGCCCCAGUCAGCUCGUCAUGGCAUUGGAUCAUGAUGUCUCCAACAAGAGCGAGGUUAUGGUCGAGGAGGGUCAUGCUUGGCCGGGAACUAUGGCCGUUGCCUCGGACAGCCACGGCACCCAUUAUGGCGGCGUCGGCUGCCUUGGAACCCCCGUUGUGCGCACCGACGCUUGCAGUAUUUGCGCCACAGAUCGGACAUGGUGUAACGUCCCGCCGAUUGCGCGUGUGAGGCUUACAGGAACGCUGCCACAGGGUGUGACGGGCAAAGAUGUCAUCGUCGCUCUGUGCGGCAUUUUCAAGAGCGACGUUUUAAAACCACACCCGGACGCGGUAUACGCCAAGCAGCUCUACCUGAACCUCUCGACCCUCUCGCCAUACGUCUCCGGCCCUGACACGGUGAAGGUGGCAACGCCUCUCCACGAGUUGGCGCCGCAGAAGAUCAAGGUCGAUCGCGCGUAUAUUGUGUCCUGCACCAACAGCCGGGCUUCUGACAUCCGGGCUGCCGCCAAGGUUUUCAGGGACGCCGCCGACGCCAACGGGGGCGUUGUUCCCAAGAUCGCCGGCAGCAUCUUAGUCGAGGCUGGGGCCCAGCCCCUGAUGGCCGGCUGCGGGCCGUGUAUCGGUCUCGGCACGGGGCUGCUAGAGCCUGGCGAGGUCGACAUCAGCGCUAGCAACCGUAACUUCAAGGGGCGCAUGGGCUCGCGCGACGCAAAGGCCUACCUCUCAAGUCCCGAGGCUGUGGCUGCCAGCGCCCUCAGCGGCAUCAUCACAGGCCCGGGCAUCUACCAGGUCCCCAAGGACUGGACCGGCGUGGACGCAGGGUACGGGACCGGCCUCCCACCCACCACCGAAACCGAGCUCUCCGGCCUCGUCCAGCAGCUCGACUCCUUCAUCGACCGAGUCGAAUCCGCCGUGACAUCCGCCGAGGACAAUAACGCAGCAGCAACCGAAAUCCUCCCCGGCUUCCCCUCCCGCAUCAGCGGCGAAUCAUCUUCUGCGACGCCGACAACCUCGACACGGACGCCAUCUACCCGGGCAAGCUCACCUACCAAGACAACCAUCGCCAAGCCCCACGACAUCAUCGUGUCGGGCUUCAACUUCGGCUGCGGCUCGUCGCGCGAGCAGAGCGCCACCGCCAUCCUCGCCCGCGACAUCCCCCUCGUCGUCGCCGCCAGCUUCGGCAACGUCUUCUCGCGCAACAGCAUCAACAACGCCCUGAUGGGGCUCGAGAUUCCGCGCCUGGUCGAGCGCCUGUGCGCGCGCUUCCCCUCGACGGGGCCUGCUGAAGGGCGUGUCCUCACGCGGCGGACGGGCUGGACCCUGACGUGGGAUGUGCGGCGGAGUUUGGUUGAGGUGACGGAGGGUCCGGGCGGGGAGACGUGGACGGAGAAGGUGGGGGAGCUGCCGGCGAAUGUGCAGGAGAUUAUUGCUGCUGAGGGGCUCGAGGCUUGGGUUAAGGCUGAGUUGGCUAAGGCGGAGUGA